AGCAUGCAGUCGGAUGCUUUUCAUUGGACAGUUGAAGCGUGACCGGCAUGUGAUUGGUUGGGUUAAGUGCCACUCUGCGCUCCGCUCCUCGUAGCCCCGCCCCCCUCCUCGUUUGGCCAGAACUAGGAUUUUCACGAAAACAUCGACCGCAGAUUGCGCAGCAGAGCAGAGCAGCCACACCGCGGGAAUGGAUCCAGCUGCGUGACAGCUCCGUGGAUGGCGUGUUUGAAGUUGUUUUAGCGAUGUUUGGCUAUGAAGACAAACGUUAGAGACAUUGAGAAGAUUGUUUCACGACGAUGUCACUCAUUUAACGUCCAAAAAGGGCCGAAGAAGUGGACUCCCUCUGUUCCCCCCACUCCUUCGCUUCGGUGCAGCCGUUACGGCCGAUGGAGGCUGACGGGACCUUUGCAGAGAGCUGGAGGCCCGGAGCGUCACCUGUGAAGCUUCGUCACUUCGCUGCGAGACGCGUGUGAGAGACUAAAAACCCCGCACUGACUGCGUGUUUCCUCCAACGGCUGAUUGUACAACUUUUCCAGGAGGGGGAGAAAAAGUUAGCAGCUCGACGUUAGCUGCACGAGCCCGACCCCCGCGCGCACGAUGACUGAUUUGACUUAACGGAGCGGUUACUAACCGCACACGUCACGCAGGACAGGUGAACCCACGCGCGGUUACCUCCUGUUGAUGGACUUCACGCAUUCUUCUUCGGCUGAGUCAGUUUUUACCCGAAUUUCCCUGCCUACCUUGGAGGACUGGAUCCUCAAACAGGGACUGGUUGUUUUAUUUUUUCCUCUUAAAAACUUUCUUCUUUACCGACCAUCAUGUCACUGAAAGAAAACGUCUGUCGGAAAUUUCAAGCCAACAUUUUCAACAAAAGUAAAUGUCAAAACUGCUUCAAACCCAGAGAGUCACAUCUGCUGAACGAUGAGGACUUAAAUCAGGCCAAACCCAUAUAUGGAGGAUGGUUGCUGCUGGCACCAGAGGGAACAAACUUCGACAACCCCUUACACCGAUCAAGAAAAUGGCAGAGAAGAUUCUUCAUCCUUUACGAGCAUGGGUUACUUCGCUACGCUUUGGACGAAAUGCCCAGCACUCUGCCCCAGGGAACCAUCAACAUGAAGGUGAGGCACCGGCUGUUACCAUGGCAACAGACCGUUAACACCUACCUGUGA